AUGUCAACUUCUUUGAGGGCACCUGGUGAGGUACAAGGUCCAUAUAUCGCUGAAUCCAUUGUUGAGAAUGUAGCAUCUUCGCUGAACAUGGACGUGGAUGUUGUGACAAGGAUAAAUGUUCAUACUUACGAAAGCCUCCGCAAGUUUUAUACGGAUGAGGCUGCUGGUGAGGCUGAUGAAUAUACUUUGCCUCUGUUAUGGGACAAAUUGGAGAUAUCUUCAGAUUUCAAGCGAAGGGCUGAAUCGGUGAAAGAGUUUAACCGAUCGUCUAUUAAGUCAACUCCAGGAAAAGUAGACAUUUUGUGCGACGGUUCUGUUCUAAUUGAGGUUGCAGGUACUGAGAUUGGGCAAGGGUUAUGGACAAAGACCAACACGCUCAAUAUGACACAAAGCAGUUACACAGCACAACAUCCGAGAACUUUUGUGAAGCAGUUAGGCUUUGCUGUGUUGUCUUGGUGGAGAGAGAGGUUGAAACCUACCAUUGAAUCAGAUUCUGGAGAAUGCUCGAACCGUGACAUGGGACAUGCUCAUUCAACAGUAUCAGAAGAAGCGUAUGAGGAGGUUGAAGAGGAAGAGCCGAAAGAUGAGAGACAGACACAUCUCAUCUAAUCUACAACUGUUUCGCUUUUCCCUCUGCUUUGGUUUUUUUUCUCCCGUGUGUUCGUUCACCCGAAUUCUUGGUUUCUAGUUUUUAUGGAAUACAUUUUUGGUGUUGUUGGAUUAAUCUAUUUUCAAUUAAUGAUAAGCUUUAUUAUAUUCGUA